GGAUCAACAUUCCGCCCCUCGACAGUUCCAUAACAUGGCUACUAGCAUUUUUUGCUAGGAGCUGUUUGUUUUCGGGAUCAUGAGUUCUGGAAACUGUGAUGGAUCUUUGUCAGUGUCUUUACGAAACGUCAUAAACUCCAUUCAGUGCAUCAGAGACCGAGUCAGAGAUGGAGAAUCCAAUGAAUCAGACGGAGCUUUUAAUCUGUCUAACUUCUGGGACACUUUGAACCAGGCAGUGAAGGCGGUGUCCCAGGAAGCUACUAAACUCAGCCUGGCCUUCUCUCGGCCCCCCCCGCCAUCCGCACAGGAUGGAGAAAAGCUUUUAGAGUCUCUGUUGAAGAGCACCCUGACGCUGUCCACCAUAUUCUACUGGCUACCCAAGAGCCAAGGUGUGACGCUGCGGCGACGGGUCAGAGACGCCACUGUGGAGGUGCUGGAGGGCGUCACGCAGCUUCUGGAGGUCCUACUCAGCUCACCACUGCCAAGCCUGAGCCGGGAACAGCUGACAUCCACUGGAGGAGUUUGGUCUGCCUGUGAUCAGUUCGAUCAGUUACCGAAAGAAAAUAAGGGAGCUCUGCUGGUGGUUCUGUCCUCUCAGACUGGAGUUGUAAAGGAUGCUAUCGAGGAAUUGGAGCAGGCCCUAUCUGAAGCCCAGGACCCGUUCAAUGACGUUCUGGACGAUGACCAGGAUGAAGGCAACCCUCGAGGCAACCGGGACAUGUACUGGUCAGAGAGGGACCGGCAGGUGAUGGGCCCAUGUCAGGGGUUAAUGAAGGCAGCCGCAGGAUGCCUGAGGAAACUGGCGUCAGCCGUCAAAGCCAAUGGUGACUCUGCUGCUCCUCAGAACGUCGCCCAGCUGGAUGACCUGGCAGACAUGAGCCGGGAGAUCAGCCCCAGUGUGGAUGAUCUGGUGCUCUGUCUCUACCCACCCAUGGACUACAGCGGAGUAGGAAACAACGUGUCUAAACUGGCUGCGCUUUUAAAGAAAUUUUUGGAAAUGAUCAGAUCCAGCCACGUGUGCAGAGAAUCGGAGCUGACCUGGGUUCAGUUCUUAGAGGGAGCUGUUGACCACAACCUCCAGAAAGCCAAUUCACUCAUACAGCUGGACAGCUAACGUUGUUCAUUCUAAGAAGGGAAGAAUUUCACGAUGAGACGCAUCAGAUGACCACAUUUACAGGCUUCUUUAUUUUUCUUUUAAUCGAUAUUGAAUAAAGAACAAAUCUGUUUCUUAAAUAAAACUAGAUAUCUACUUUC